AUGUCAUUUUUCAAAAAGCUAUUUAACACCGCCUCCAAGUCAAAGGAGGCAGAACCAGCCGAACGCAAUGUUCGGUAUCCAAUUCCAGGGGAGACAUCAGGCUCACCGGUAUCGGUUCCUUCACCGGCUACAGGGUCGGAAACCUUCUACGAGGUAGAUUUAGGCGCUGAAGACGUGGAGGAAAAGAAGCUGGUGAGGAGACAAUUCCCCCUGUUUAGACCAUUUGGAUGGUUUAAAGAGAGGAGAGAGGAGAAGGAGUUAGCUGAAAGGGUUCUUUUGGCUAAGGGAAUGGUUGCCGGCAUUCAUGACGAAGAACACAGACGACGCCAAUUUGUUCCACUGUCUAGAUCUAUCUCGGAGACAGUAACCGACCCUGUGGCCAGUGAUGGAACCGAUACUCGUGAAACUGACUCUGCUGAUGAUGAUUCCGCUGGGACUGAUUCUUCUUUCAACUUUAGCAUUUCAUCGAUCAUCCCAAUUACAGACUCAAAUCAAGUCUUUUCUGGACGGCUAUCCUCCUCAUAA